AGAUGUCUGAGGUAUUAUUGGUAAACAACUCCACAGAUGAUGUCAGAGGCUUAGUGAUGAGAAGAUUUGUCACGUACGAUACGAUAAUGAUGUCUGUACUUUACUCCACACACCUGUCAGUCCCUCACGAAACUGCAGACCUGGAGAAGACGACCUGACAGGCAUUAUUUGUUGCGAUGAUGAACACACUGGAGGACGUCCCGUUUCAGACUCCACUGGGUGCACUGCAGGAGGAAGUGCAGCUGGUCACAGAUCCAGGAAUCAUCAUACCGGACUGCAAGCAGAUUCUACAAGAAACCGAGUACGUAUUCAACCUGGAGAAAUGGAUUUUAACUGGGCACCAGCCAGUUUCUCAGGCCCCUUCUUGUCCUCCGUACUGGCUAAUGUUCAGCAGUCCUCAGGACCCCCGCAGAGGCAGCUCCAGGAGCGCUGACCCCAGGUUGCGGCCCCGCAGUCACAGCCUGACCUCUGCAGAUGCCUGGAUGCACCAUCGCUCUGUCAAGUUCAUCAUAUCUGACUCAGAGGAUGACGAUGGUUACUACGAGGAUAAUGAAGAUGCAGUGUCCCCCGUUAAGGAUGUGGAGCGGCCCUGGACUGCUUCACCCAGAGACCCCAUAUCCAGAGUUAAAGACAUGCACUAUGGUUCCUCAGCUCACUGCUGUAAGCAGGACUCACCUCAGUGUCUCAGAGGACACAGAAACUCCUUACCCUGUCUUCAAGACAGCAGACAGCCUCUGCAAGCACUGGAGCAGCAGAGGACACAGCAGGCCCCCCCACUGCAGAAGAACUGCAAGAAGAGGAACCGCUCCCUGGGUUCUGUGGGCAGAAAAUACUCCCAAAACACACCACCUGCUGUUCGCUCUCCAUCCAGACUACUGCGGCAGAGGCCCUCCUCUGCAGGGCCUGCUGUGAAACACCGCAGGCAGAAGGUCAUGAGGACCAAUGGUUCUCAUGGAGUUUUCUUCGACUCGGCAGCAGAGCUUCUGUCAGCUCUGACCCAGGAGGAGAGGGAGCUGCUUGAAACCAUCACUGAGAAGGGCUACCCGUUACGCACAGCUAUUUUAGCCCUGCAAAAGACCGGCUACAGAAGCCCAGAGAAGAUCCUGAAGUACCUGGUUGCCUGUGAGCGUCUGGUUCAGCUGGGUUACGAUGAAGGGCAGGUGGAAGAGGCUUUGGAGAUGUUCCAGAACUGUGAGACCAAGGCGGCUGAGUUCCUACGGCUGCUGGCUCAGUUUAAUGAGAUGGGAUUCCAGCAAAGUGCAAUCAAAGAAGUGUUGCUUGUUCAUGAAAAUCACCGUGAGAAAGCACUAGAAGAACUUAUGACACGCAUGGCUUGAAUUCAACACCCACUUCACUUUUUUUGUCACAAAACCUGUUAUGCUCCAAUAUGAAGCCACAAUAUGUUAUACAAAUUAGAAAAAAAAAAAGACACGAGUCAAUUAACAGUUAACGUUUUCCAGAAUGUUUAUUUACAGCUUGAUUUAAAAAAGAAAAAAAGAGAAAAAAAGCCCUCAAAAUAAUUAGAUCAAGAGAAAAUGUAGCUGUCAUCCCAGCUGGAGGAGCAAAUUUAUAGUGCACUGGCUUAACGCUACAGUACUGAAAUCAAGUAGUGCUGAAUAUUGUUUCAUAUGAAAAAGCUGUAAUGCAAAAAAUAAAAAUACAACAGCCACAGCAGCCAUAUUACAAACACACACAUACAGACUCGGCACUAGAAUCCUGAAAUAAAGUUUAAAACUGCUUGAGUCUCAGAAUGUUCACUUUUCAUAAAUAUAUACAAUAUAGUUUUUGUGAGGACGUUUACAUUAGAAGCUUCUUGUUCAGUGACAUCAGUACUAGACCAGACCACCGCUGAGCUGGAUGACCCCCAGUGCUGAAGCAGCUCCAUUGAACCAUCAGUGAUUCUGGACGGUGGAGUUCAUAAUUCCCGUCUUCACGUUCGACUUAGAAGCCUUCGUGAGGUCCCUCUGUGAACAAGAAUGAAAACUCAGUAUCUGUGUACUUUAUCAUCAUUGUCAUCAGAUUUAUGACAGAAUUAAUACAGGUUGUGUGAGUAUGUAUAUCUGAAAUGCUUUGUAUUCACUUUGUAAAGUUAUAGUGAUUGUUUAAAAUGUGAGAAGUGUUUAUAGUUGAAGAUUGGUUCUUUUUCACCAUCUGGGAGUAGUGCACUGAUUUUAAUAAAUAUGGUCGAUGUAUCUCA